AUGGCUCCAACACUCUCUACUGCCCAAUUCGCAGACCCGGCUCUAGUAACCGAGUUCGUGGUCAACAAAGGAAAUGGCGUGAAGGGUUUAUCAGAAACAGGAAUCAAAGCUCUCCCAGAUCAAUACAUUCAGCCAUUCGAAGAACGACUCAUCAACAAAUUCGUCAACGAAACAGACGAAGCGAUUCCGGUCAUCGAUAUGUCGAACCCUGACGAGGACAGAGUCGCUGAAGCUAUCUGUGACGCUGCUGAGAAAUGGGGUUUCUUCCAAGUGAUCAACCAUGGAGUUCCACUGGAAGUUCUUGACAACGUGAAGGCCGCGACUCACAGAUUCUUCAAUCUCCCUGUGGAGGAGAAGAGCAGAUUCACAAAGGAGAACUCUCUCUCGACCAAUGUUAGGUUUGGGACGAGUUUCAGUCCUCGCGCAGAGAAAGCUCUCGAGUGGAAAGACUACCUCAGUCUCUUCUUUGUCUCUGAAGCUGAAGCUUCACAGUUUUGGCCUGAUGUCUGCAGGUGA